UUACAUUUUAGAGCAAACUGACUGUGGUCUCACAAAUCACCAUUAUUAUUCAUUAAAUGAACAAUAGACCAAAUAUCUCUUUCCAUCCAAUCCUUAUAGAAGAAUAUAGUCUUCAUAAAAUGUCUAUUAUUGCAAAGAGGACUACUGUGAGGAGUGAAAUUAUGCAAAAACAUUUUCCAAUAUAUUAACGCCUGUUUAUGAUAAUUAGAUAAUUUAAUAGGUAGUCUCAUAGGCUGAAAAUCAUAAUUGAAAAGAAAUCGAAUACUACCAACCAGCUGAAAUAAAUGAGUAAAGAAAAGGCUACGUAGUUUAAACUAACUGUGAAAGACUCUCCAUUUUGGCAAAAUUCGCCCAAAUACUGAUAUGCUUCUUUGCAACCAUCUGUUUAAAAUUGUUUCAUUUUUCUACAAUUCUUUAAAGCUUAGAUUUUCCCUUUCAUUAAUAUUCUAGCAUACGUAUAUUCCCAAAUAUUUAACUACAGUUUUAACUAUGAUUUGACAUACUGUUUCCUUUGAAUGCUCCAGAAUAGGUACGUCCAUUAGUUUUUAGUAUUAAAACGUAAUCCUGCAGCCUAUGAAAAAUCCGGCGUAGCCUUCAAAGCCGUUGGUCAUAAAAAAGCCGCGCUGUAGCAACACUACUUUCUGUGCCGUAAAAUAUUUGCGCAUACGCAGUACAGACCGACGUGACGUUAUGUGUUGCGGUGUACGCAUGCGUGAAGCUGACGUUCACGCUCGGCAUCUGUGUAUUGUAGUGUAGCGUACGCAUGCGCGAAGACCUUGCGCAUGUGUGUUGCAAUUUGGGCAGGAGCUGUUGAUCGAAUGGUGAGAACGCCGGUUGCACGCAUUUUCACCAGGGCUGUCAUCCGCUUUGAGGGGCUUUUCUCCAAAGGAUCUACUUUCAGACAUGGGGCUGCUGUCAGACCCCAAUCGGAGGAGGGCGCUGACCACGCUUCUCACCCGUCUCAACACGCCUCUCUGUGUAGUGUGCUACCUGGCAGGUGUGGCCUGGUUCAUGGGCCUGGCUUUUCAGCCUUUCACGCUGCGCACGUACAUGUCUGAGAACGCCAUGGGCUCCACCAUGGUGGAGGAGCAUUUCCCCACCGGGGAGAGGGCCCUGGCCAUGGGCAGAGAAUUUUCCGCUCACAAGAAGCAGGCAGGCGGGAUGCCUGUGGACUGGCUGGUGAAAGCGAUGCAGGCUAAGGGCCUGGAGGUGUUCACGCAGAGCUUCUCACGUACUCUGCCCUUCCCAGAUGAGAACAAAGAGCGCUACAUGGUACGUGGCACUAAUGUCUACGGCAUCCUCCGAGCCCCUCGGGCCCCCCGUACAGAGUCCCUGGUGUUUAGUGCCCCCUGCAGUCCACAGGGCAAUGACCAGGCUGUGGGUCUCCUGCUGGGCUUGGCGCAGUACUUCAGAGGAAAUGUUUACUGGGAAAGUACUUUUAAGAGAGGCAAUAACCAUGUAAGAGGUCUACAUAAAGGGCCAGUCUUCCACUGGGUGGCGCUAGCGAGCAGCUGUUUGCAGGUUGCUUGGUCCUUGACCCCCCCAUUUCACGCUCUUGACCUGUGGGUUCAGCUGGAGGGUGCAGCACCAGCAGCCGUGGAUGGCUUGGUGGACGGAGAGCAGCCUUCCAGCCCUGGGUUCCUGUCAGUCAUGACCCCGGUGGUCAUCAGCCACCUCACAGGGGUGGCUUUGUACACGCUGCCUGUUCUGGCCCAGCAGGCUGCUGUGGAGCACUUCCCCGUGUCGGAGACCGAGGCUGUGGUGCUGACGGCCAUCGCCAUCUACACUGCGGGCCUGGCGCUGCCACACAACACGCACAGGGUGCUGUCUGGUCAGGGCACAGAGGAAGGCUGGCGUGUGCUGAAGCUGGUUGCGGUUCUCUACAUGGCUGUUCUGUUGGCCUGCACUGCCCUCAUCAACUUCUCCCUGGGCUUCAUCCUGGCCCUCACGCUAGUUCCUGUAGCAGCCUUCAUCACUCCCCACGUGCCCAGGAUCCCGAGCGCCUUGGCCAUGGUUCUGUUGAGCCCCGCCUGCACGCUCCUCUUCUCCGUCUUCGUCUACCAGGAGCUGCAGGAAACGCCGGUUUCCCUGCUGGACGGCUGGAGCCUCUUCCUGUCUGUCAUCUCGCAGGGCAUCUUGGACCAUAACCUGUACGGCUCCCUGGUUUACCCCCUCAUCUCCCUCUUAGUCUACCCCUGCUGGCUGCUACUCUGGAACAUUCUCUUCUGGAAAUAGACCCGAGGGGGGGUGGGGGCGGCCGCGACGUGAGGAGGGUCCGGGGCAGAGCUGAAUCGGCUGAGGGAUGGUGAGCGGUGGGGGGGAGCCGGCGUGAGGUUUGCGUUUAUGUGAAGCUGGGGCUCUUCAGGCAUGUUUUUGGCCCUGAGUACCUGUUUCAUUUUGUGGUAAAGAUGCAAGUUAAGAAAAAAAAAUGGAGACCUUCCAUCAAGAUGCCCUAUACUGGUAUAUCACUGAAGAUAGGACAGGAAAUGAGGGAGCAGAAAUGAAAUGAGGGAGCGGAAAUUAAAUGACCACGCGGUGGUGCAUCUUAACUGUGACAAGGACGUUUUACUAAAAAAAAUAAAGUGGGCUGUUACUCUA